GAAACACCACCACGCAAACAUCAGGCGCACAAUGUCAUCGGCCACAGAACCGCCUGAGGGCGUACAAACAUACACAUCAGCAGACGAAGUACCCCAAGAACUGCAGAAAUACUGGCAUCAGCGCAAUUCGAUCUUCUCCAAGUACGACGAAGGCAUCUGGUUGACGGAUGAUGCCUGGUUCGGUGUGACACCCGAGCCAAUUGCAAAAAAGAUUGCUGAGCAUGUGGCAACCGCGCCCAAGGAGAAGAAAGUCCUUAUCGACGCGUUUGCUGGAGUCGGUGGCAAUGUGAUCGCGUUUGCCCUCUCCGGACGCUGGAGCCAGAUCUUCGCAGUCGAAAGGGAUGCGAAGACACUCGCCUGCGCAAAGCACAAUGCCGAGAUCUACGGAGUUGCGAAGAAGAUAUGGUGGAUUCAUGGCGACAUUUUCGACGUGCUGAAGGCGCGUUUGAAAGCGUCUGCAAAGAGUGCUGUGAUCUUCGCCAGCCCUCCAUGGGGAGGACCUUCGUAUACGGACUGGGAUGUUUUCGACCUGUCUUACAUGGAGCCUUACAAUAUGAAAGCUCUCUGGGAUGCUUUCUCGAUUGCGAACGAGGUCGUGCUGUACCUACCCAGGACUUCGGAUGUGCAACAGCUGGCCAAAUAUGCCAAGGAGAAUGAGAAGCUCCCUGUCACCCACUAUUGCAUGAGAGGUGCAAGCAAAGCGCUUUGUGUGUUCUACGGCUCUUUCGGGUUGUCUUGAGAUGCGGCGUACAAAUUGAUGAAUCGAAUGGACUACGAGAAUAUCAGCAUUCUGGACUAAGGCUAUCGUCAUAUCAUAAACUAUCUCAGCGCCUUUUGGAAGCGCUGCUUCCAAAGCCCCGGGUUCUCAUCUGUAGAGAAGGGCUACACGGACUAUGCUGUCACUCCACAAGCUGCAUUUACAACUCCACCGGGACCUUGUGCCAGGCAUUUCCCAGGAGUCCACGAAAGUUCCACGUCGCAUCAAAGGUCUGCGGCUGAGUGUUGUAGCCCUCGUCAACAGCCUUCACCACAAACACUGGAUUCGCUUGUGGUAGCUUGUCCUUUGGCCAAUCGAUAGUCCACUGCGUCCAAGCCCAUCUUCUGGUACCUUUGGCGUCGUCUUUACGCAAACAAGCUUGUCUCCAGGUUUGACCACCGUCUGCAGAUACGUCAACACGGACUAUCUUUCUUCCGCCGCCACUGAAAGCAAAGCCGUUCACGCGUAGUGGCACGUUGCCAUCGUCACAUCUCAUGAUGUCGGUGAUUGCACUCUGAACGGGCAUUUCUUGGAUGCUUUGUGCGGCCUCCCAGUCCUCCGCCUUGAGAUCAGAAGCUCGCACGUUUGGCCCGAAACACUUAUAAUCUCGAGCAUGCCAAUUGGAUUGAGACUCUUCACAGCUCAGGCGAACUUUCCCGAGCCACUUCACGCUGCGCGUCGCAACGCUUCCCGGCACAAUUGCUCUCAAAGGCCCCCCAUGAUCGCGGGGCAUUUCUUCACCAUUCAUCUUCCAGGCCAACAGGACGUCCGAGGCAGGAUUUAAUGCUGUCUGAAGGGGUAUGCUUUGUUCGUAUGUGUCAGAGGGUGCGCAAAAGUGGAUAUGCUGGUCCGCGUCUGGGUCAUUCGGACACGUCGCACAGGCUUUGUCCACAUCGUAACCAGCGUCGAUCAAGACGUCGCGGAGACGAACGCCUGUGAAUUCUGCAGUACCAAUGGCACCAAUGUCCCACUGAAGACCAGAAGUCUUGCCGUGCUGAGAUUCGUUCAUGUGCGCUCGGCGAUUUCCUGCGCACUGCAGAGUUGCUGUAAUCGUGUGCACUCGGAAUUUUGAUUUGAGGUCAUCGAGAGUGUACGACACCUCUUCGCCGUCGGACAGCUCGAUUUUCAGCUCAUGCUCACUGGCAUCGAUUUUCGGCACCCAGAGAUGAUGCCUCACAAAGAAGAGUCGCAAAGGAGUGAUGAAGUCGCCAAGAAGCCUGCCAGGAGUCUCUGCAUUGCAGGGUUUGGGUGUUCGCACGAUCAGCUCUGGAUCGCGCUCUGGGUCAUCCUUGAAUGGAUCGUCGAUACAAGCGCCCUCAGUGCCAGACCAAUUGAUCUUGCCUUGACUGUCCAGAUCCCUUUGGUCCAGCUCACCAAUGUAAUAGUCGUCGAGAAUCCGCUUCACUUCUGGCUUGUUGUGAAUGCUGAACAGCUUCCAGUAAGGAUCGAUUGAGCCACCGCAAGCGCGAAGAAUGACCUCUCCGCCUGGAUGUGCCUCAACGAACGAGGUAAUGUCGUAUACAGACGUACCAUGGAUGACCCAUUUGCUCGAAGAUGAUCGAUCAUGCUUGACCACUUCUGACAAACGAAACGUUGUGGAGUCCGCCUCUUCAUCAACAAUGACCUUCACAUCGGUAUCCUCGUCCUCAGGAACUUCGACGAUAUUGUCUUGGACCCAUGAAACCACUGGAGCGGCCAAUACAGCUACCGCAGAAGCUCCAAACAACACAGCCAGGACGCCCUCAGCAUCAGACUGUCGAGCGUGCGAAGCGUUUCUCCAGUAAGAAGACUGGCGUACCCCAUUCCACUGCAAAAACCUCUCCCGCCUCUUUACCAGCAAGGACGAUGUAUAUCUCGACCCACUCUUUCGAGCCUCUCCGGGCGCAAUUUGCUUGACGUGAUUCGUCGACAGCGUUCUAGGGCCAGCAGGCCGUCCAAUCGGGUUCUGACAUGGUUUCGGGGUGUGGAGCAGUGUUUUCGGGAUGCCGAUGAGUUGUUUGAGACGAAUUUGGCCUGAUUUCGACAUUUUCGUGGUUGUUCAUGGCCAGUCAGCGCAACGACAGAAGGCGUGAUCAGAGC